UCCUCCUGUAGGGCAGCCACUGGGCUGAGCUGCCUGUUGAGUCAGCCUUAGUCCCUCACUGAUAUUCUCCUAGACCCUGAAACUCGGCUGCCAGGGGAGCUGGGGUCACCCUACGAAGGCGUCCCCUCCAUACUGGACCCCUACAGGGAACCACGUAUGCCCAGCUGGGGCACUGCCCCAGCCGAUGCCCCAGAGGGGCCACCCAUCUCAAGAGGGGCUCUGGGCCCCACCCUGCCUCAUGGCGCAUGAGCCAGAGCCCGAGACCAAUGGACUGUUGGACCUCAGCUUCCUGACGGAGGAGGAGCAGGAGGCCAUUGUCGACGUCCUGAAGCGAGAUGCCUGCCUGCGCCAGCUGGAGGAAGGGCGGGUCAGCAAACUCCGGGCCUCACUGGCAGACCCCGGACAGCUGAAAAUCCUGACAGGGGACUGGUUCCAAGAAGCUCGCUCCCAACGGCACCACCAUGCCCACCUUGGCUCUGACCUUGUCCGAGCCUCUAUCCGUAGGAAGAAGAGCUCUAGAGGAGACCAGGCUCUGGGCAGCAAUAGGGAGGCUGAGGCUGCUGGGAAAGAGACUGAAGAGGAGCUGGAGCCCAGGCUCCCCAUAGACAAGGCCCCCCAAGAGAGGCUCAGCGAGGCUGAGGGACCUGAUUUCCCCUCACCAUAUGUCCCCCCAAAGUCUUCAGAUCAUGAGGAGGAGCCCCAGGCUCAGGAAGCUCCUGGCCCAGGGGGCGCGCAGGUCGACGCCGCCGAGGGGGCGGACCCGGAGCCCGAGCCACCGUCGCUGUCGCCGGGAAAGGAGGAGCCGCAGCCCCGCCCAGCCCAGACCCAGGCAGCGGCCGAGAUCCUGGAGAACGGGGAGGAGGCCCCGGGGCCCGGCCCCUCACUCGACCGCAUGCUCAGCAGCAGCUCCUCGGUGUCCAGCCUCAACUCCUCCUCGCUGAGCGGCAGCCAGAUGAGCCUGUCCGGGGAGGCGGAGGCGGGCGCGGUGCAGGUGCGCGGCUCCGUGCACUUCGCGCUGCGCUACGAGCCGGGGGCCGCCGAGCUGCGCGUGCACGUGAUCCAGUGCCAGGGCCUGGCCGCCGCCCGGCGCCGCCGCUCCGACCCCUACGUCAAAAGCUACCUCCUCCCGGAUAAGCAGAGCAAGCGCAAGACGGCAGUGAAGAAACGGAAUCUGAACCCGGUCUUCAACGAGACUCUCCGGUACUCCGUCCCGCAGGCCGAGCUCCGGGGCCGCGUGCUGAGCCUGUCCGUGUGGCACCGCGAAAGCCUGGGUCGCAACAUCUUUCUGGGCGAAGUCGAAGUGCCCCUGGACACGUGGGACUGGGACUCCGAACCCACCUGGCUCCCCCUGCAGCCCCGGGUCCCGCCCUCUCCCGACGACCUUCUCAGCCGCGGACUUCUCUCUCUGUCCCUCAAGUACGUCCCCGCCGGCUCCGAGGGCGAGGGACUGCCCCCAAGUGGGGAGCUGCACUUCUGGGUGAAGGAAGCUCGGGACCUCGUGCCGCUGCGCUCAGGAUCUCUGGAUACUUACAUACAAUGCUCGGUGCUGCCUGAUGACAGCCGGGCCAGCCGCCAACGGACAAGGGUGGUGCGACGCAGCCUCAGCCCCGUGUUCAACCAUACCAUGGUUUAUGAUGGUUUUGGGCCUGCUGACCUGCGCCAGGCCUGUGCCGAGCUCUCCCUCUGGGACCAUGGGGCCCUGGCCAGCCGCCAGCUGGGGGGCAUACGCCUCAGCCUGGGCACUGGCAGCAGCUAUGGGCUCCAGGUGCCCUGGAUGGAUUCCACACCUGAGGAGAAGCAGCUGUGGCAGACACUCCUGGAGCGACCAUGUGAGUGGGUGGAUGGCAUUCUGCCCCUCAGAACCAACCUGGCCCCCAGGACAUAGCUGCCCUACAAGCCCUCCCAAACAGGAGUUUGGGGACCAACCAUCUCUGGACCACCAUCUCAGGGCCUGCCAUUGGCUAAAGUCAAUAAAGUCUAUCCAAGGGCAA